CAUCAAAAUCCACAAAUCAAACAGCAACACGUGGACCUCCAUAUCACCGGCGGAUUAAACACCCGCCUCACACUUACCGGUCACUCUAUCAACUCCCUCAAAAAAAAAAAAACUCCCUUGAAACCGCCGGAUCAAAUUCCGUUGUGCCUCGAAGUUGGAGCCCCACAAGCGAGAUUUAAAUUCGUCUCUCUUCCCUCCCUCCUCCCGAAAAAGCAAAACCCAAUCCACAUUUCUCAUUUCAAUCUCCGCCAUUAAAACCCUAGCAAAAACCUAACCCUAGAAAUUCCUCCAUUUUCUUUCCCAUUUUUCACCGCCACGAAAAUCUGAACAAAGAAAGGCUAGCUGACAAAAAUGGCAAAGAAGAAGAGCCAUAACCACAAUCACAACGGCAAGACUGAGAACGACGAGACUCUGAACCAUCCCCCGCCGCCGCCGAUGCAUCAGCAACCGGAGCAAGAACCAGUCCUGGCCAUGGCGGAUCAGCAGCCGCCGCUGUCGCUGUCACGGACUUCCUCCUUGGAAGGAUCCGAGAAUGAGAAGCUGAAGGCGCUGAACAAGCGGCUGAUCGACACCGUGGCGGACAAGAGGAGGCAGGUGGAGGCCUUGGAGCGGGAGAAGAAAACCCUGGAGUCCGAGUUGGAGAAGCGCGGCGCGGACUUCGUCGUCGGGAGUGACGAGAGAGCUUGCUCGGAGAUCGAACGUAGCAUCGCGUUCGCGGCUCUCAAGGAAAGGGAAGUCGACGUCGAGUCAUUAAAGAAAGAGAAUCUUGAGCAGGAAGGUGAGAUCGAGUCGCUGAAGGAGGUAAUCGAGAAGUUGACCGGCGAUCUCGAGUCCGGGAGGGAGCGGCUGAGCAGGACUUGCAGGGAGAAAGAUAUUAUUGAAGGCGAGCUCUCCGGGAGGGUUGAGGAAGCUGAAGGUUUGAAGGCGAUUGUCAAGGAGAUGGAGGAGAAGGAAAAGACGAGCGAAGGUGAGAUUCUUGAACUUAAGUUCGAAAUUGAACGAUUGAGUAGCCAGAAAGAAGUCGUAGAGGAGGAAGUCGAGUUUCUUAAACGGGUUAGGGAUUCCGCUGAGAUGAAUUUGUCCGUUAGGGUGAGUGAAAUUGAAGCUCUGAAAUCUGAGAUUGAGCGGAUUCUUGAUGAGAAGAAUGCGAUUGAGACUGAGAAGAGUGAUCAGAUCUUCAAGAUUGGUUCCUUGGAGGAAGAAAUCAAAGGAUUGAAUGAUUCUGUGGCGAGUUUCACGACUGAGAAUGGACUUCUGAGCGAGAAGGUGAUUGGACUGGAGAUGAGCUAUGGCGAUGCGAUUGAGAAGGAGAAGACAUUGAGAGAAGACAUCGAUUCCUUGAUUGAAGCACAGAGGGAGAAGAUCAAGAUGGUCGAAGUAUUGACAGAGGAAAAGGAUUCUCUUGUGAAGAUGAUAGAUUCCGUUAAUGGAGAAUUGGAGGGCAAGAAGGAAUUGAUUGAGAAGCUCUCUCGAGAGAAGGAAGAGGUCGAGGGGAUAUCCAAGAGGAAAGAGUCUGAAAUUGCAGAGCUGCUGAACAAGGUCAGCGAGCUGGCCGAUUCUCUGAUUGCAGCGAAGGACUCCAUCAAGACUAAAGAAGCUAUAAACACCGAGUUAGCUUCUGAGUGUGCUCAGUACAGAGAGAGGCUGGAGCGAGUGAAGGUGGAGAAACAUGAUCUACAGAUGGCUCUGGAGGACGAGCAGGGUUAUGGAGCUAACUUGAGGUCUAAACUUGCAGAGGUGGAGGCUAGGAUGGAAGCAGCUGCAGUCGAGCUUGAGAAGUCAAACUCUGAGAAAGAGACUGUAAUGGAGGAGAAGAAGGCAGUGGAAGCCGAGUUUGAAUCAUUGAAGAAGCUGAAUGGUGUGAUUGAGAAGAAGCUUGCAGAGACACAAGUGGAGAAUGGGGAAUUGGAGGGUAAACUGAAAUCAAGUGAGAUGAAGCUGGAGCGAGCUUUGAGCCUCCUGAGCAACACUGUGGAAUUGGUCUCCCUAGGCAGCAACAGCAAUGGAUCCGUAGGUGCAAAGGUUGAGGAGAACAAGGUUGAAGAACAAAUGGAAGCGAUCAAGAGCUGUUUCAGAGACAAGGAUGCAAAGGUGGAGGAGAUGAAGCAGCGUGUUGGAGCUCUGGAGAACUCUGUUGCAGAAGCUGAGAAGAAGAAGAGCUUCUGGGCUAUGGUUUCAUCUGUGACUACAGUGGUGGCUGCGGCUUCACUUGCCUUUGCUGUUAAAGUGCGUUAGAAGUGGGCAGCAGAAGCCACAGCUCUCUUAGUUUCUGUUUUUCAUAGGAACUAAAGAGAAGGUAUCAUCUUAUCUACCACUCUAAACGUCUCUCUAAUUGGUGCUGGUUUUGCUACUUGUUAACCUCUGGCGUUGUUGUGUUCCCUUAACACAGUAAUGAGAUUUCAUCUAGUUCUAGUUCUAGUUCCUUGGAAUAAAGUGAGUCUCUUGAUUUUGAUGCUCAAUCCUCUCCGUGUUUUUGUUUUCUUCUUCUUCUGGGUUGUGUUGUUUUUCCAUGGCUGAAUCGAUUGAAUGACUUUCACCGGAAGGGCAGUACUGGGAAUUUCGUAUUGUUCUGAAUUGAAUGAUGGGUAUUAUAUUAAAAGCUUAUUAUGGGG